AUGAAGCUGAACUUGUUCAAACGCUCGAUGAUUUUCGCCACAUUUUUCGGCUCCUGUUUGUGUAUAGCGUUGAUAGUCGGGUCUCUGGGUACGACACACUGGAUAGAUGCGAGGGCGAGGAGAGCCUCUAAUCCACUUGAGUCUGAGGGCAGGAUAAGUUUCGGACUCUUUGAGGGACAUAAAGAGCUUAACGUUAGAUAUGGUUGGAGGAAUUAUAAUAUUAGUGUUAAAGCGGGCACACACCCAGCGCGUCGCUGGGCUUGGUGUGGCACUGCUGCUCAACUUGGUGUGUCGCUAGCGGCGUCUGGCGGGGCCUGUAUCCUCGCUGCGUUGGCUUCUGCAUCGCGCGCGAGGUGUUCUCCACGGCCGCUACUCGUGUGCAAUUGUACUGCAGUGUUGUUCUCACUGGGCGCAAUUGCAGUAUGGCUGACGGAGUACUUCCUAAGGCUACAGCAUAAUGUCAUGUCUGAGGAGGAUUUAGCUAACACCUGGUUCUCUGACGGGAUGGCCGAUUUGGGAUUGUCGUUUUGGCUCGUUGUUGCGGCAGCUAUAGCAGCGUUUGUCAAUAACGUUUGCAUUCUCAUUGCGAUGGCAGACGGCAGGGACGCGGACACCAUAGCUCCAGCCCUAGAGGAGAAAGUCAAUGGAGCGAUCAUGCUGUAUUAG